AUGGCAGCAGGGUCUUUUGUGCUGGCGCCUCUUCGCGUGUCUCGACAAUGUCCUCGCUUGUUCAGGGGCACUGCACCUUCGUUCCUCGGAAACGGCGCUGCCGUGCGGGAAAGACGGUCGGGUCUUCAAAUGGAGUUUCGCGGCUCUUCAAUCUUUACAUUAGCUGGUCCAUCGAACUCGUUGCGAAGCAAAUCCCUGAACAACAACGGCAGCGCGACUCUGCGCCUGACGUCUCAUUGGCGCCAAAGUCUGGGCCCUCAAAGGAGAUGGCAUGCCACCGAGAAGCCCUCUGAUCAGACUGACGCUCAAAACCACGAGAACAUCUACACGAUUCCCAAUAUACUCACCAUGACCCGCUUGGUUGCCGCCCCUCUGGUAGGGUACUUCCUUGUCCAUGAUUAUCACCAGGCCGCGUUGGCCCUAUUCGCUUAUGCUGGAAUUACCGACCUCGUUGAUGGCUACAUCGCACGGCGGUAUAACCUCCAAACGGUUGUUGGGACGAUCAUCGAUCCCAUGGCUGAUAAGCUACUGAUGACCAUUGGAGUCGCUUGCUUAGCAGUCAACGGCUCCAUUCCGGUGUGGCUCGCCGUCAUCAUCCUCGGCCGUGAUGUCGGCCUUGCUAUAUCCGCGAUUUACUAUCGUUGGAUCUCUCUCCCCCCUCCCAAAACCAUGGCACGGUAUUGGGAUUUUUCUCUCCCUUCCGCGGAGGUCAGGCCUACGACAAUCUCUAAGGUCAACACCGCCCUGCAGCUGCUACUUGUGGGGAGUGCCAUUGCACUGCCUGUUGUUCCGGAAGCAAUCAUCGACGCAUGGAAUCUCAAAGAAGCAAUGACCGGAUUUCAAUACCUCGUCGCAGCCACCACCAUCUGGUCUGGAAUGAGCUACAUCUUCUCUAGAGACGCAGUCAAGAUCCUUACAAAGGAAGAAGUGCAAAAGCGCCUGGCUAGGGCCAGCGUGAAGAAGUCUAAUUGA